AUGAUCGCCUCGCUCGCUCGUGUUCAAAGGAGCCGCAAUGGCCUUUCGGUGGCUCACAAGGCCAUCGGUUCCACACGCACCUUGGCCACCCCUGCCGCCGAUGGCCGCAUUCCUACUUUUCACCCAUCGCGUGUCCCACCUUACACAGAGCUGCUCACCAACCUGGAAACGGUGCGAGCCCAACUUAACCGUCCCUUGACCUUGUCGGAAAAGAUCCUCUACUCGCAUCUACGAAAUCCAGAGCAUGAUCUUGCCGGUGUUGGUGCCGAUGUCUCCGCAAUUCGUGGCAAAAAGUACCUCAAGCUCAAGAUCGACCGUCUUGCCAUGCAGGACGCUUCCGCACAGAUGGCUCUUCUCCAAUUCAUGACCUGUGGCCUACCACGCACCGCCAUCCCUUCCAGCGUCCACUGCGAUCAUCUCAUCCAGGCCUUCGAGGGUGCCGAAGCCGAUCUCAAGCGUUCCAUCGCAUCCAACCAGGAGGUCUUUGCCUUCCUCGAGUCCGCCUCCAAAAAGUAUGGCAUCGAGUUCUGGGGUCCUGGCUCCGGUAUCAUUCACCAGAUUGUUCUUGAAAACUACGCUGCCCCCGGUCUCCUCAUGCUUGGCACCGACUCUCACACGCCCAACGCUUCCGGUCUCGGAUGUCUUGCCAUCGGCGUAGGAGGUGCUGAUGCCGUCGACGCCAUGACUAACACGCCUUGGGAACUCAUGGCUCCAAAGGUUCUUGGCGUUCACCUCAAGGGCGAGCUCAGCCCGUGGUGCACUCCCAAAGACGUCAUCCUUCACCUCGCUGGCAAGCUCACCGUGCGCGGCGGUACAGGCAAGAUUGUGGAAUAUUCGGGCCCUGGUCUGCAGACGCUUCCCGCCACCGGUCUGGCCACCAUGUCCAACAUGGGUGCCGAGGUUGGUGCUACCACUUCUGCCUUCCCCUUCACGCCUGCUAUGGGCUCGUAUCUCGAGGCCACUGGACGUGCCGAGGUGGCCCGCGCUGCCGAAAAGGCAGCUGGUCAGGGCUUCUUGGCCGCCGACGAGGGCGCCGAGUACGACGAGCGCAUCGAGAUCAAUCUGUCCGACCUUGAGCCCUGCCUCAACGGCCCUUUCACCCCUGAUCUCAGCACGCCCCUUUCCGAGUUUGUCAACAAAGCCAAGUCAGACGCCCGCGACCAUCCUGUCGAGCUGAGCGCUGCAUUGAUCGGCAGCUGCACCAACUCUUCCUACGCCGACAUGGCGCGUUGCGCGUCGCUCGCCCAGCAGGCUCGUGACCGCGGCAUGAAGGUCAAGUCGAGCUUCGACGUUACCCCCGGUUCGGAACAGGUGCGUGCUACCGUAGAGCGCGAUGGCAUUCAACAAAUCUUGACCGAUGUAGGUGGACGCGUUCUCGCCAACGCCUGCGGUCCUUGCAUUGGCCAGUGGAAUCGAAAGGAGUUGCAAGGCGAGGAUAAUGUCAUCUUGACUUCGUUCAACCGUAACUUUCGUGGACGCAACGACGGCAAUUCCAAGACCUGGAACUUGCUCGCUUCGCCCGAGAUUGUCACCGCCAUGGCCUUCGCUGGUCGUCUCGACUUCAACCCUAUGACCGACAGUCUCACUGCUCCCGAUGGCAAGCCGUUCAAGUUUGAAGCUCCACAGAGUGACGUUCUGCCUGCCAGCGGUUUUGCCCAAGGCAACAUUGACUAUUUGCCCACGCCCAUGCCCGAGCCACAGCCCAACACCGAGGUGCUCAUCAGCCCCACCUCGGCUCGUCUCGAGCCUCUGGAGCCUUUCUCGAGUCCGUUUGCUGCCACUGCAGCCCAAGGCAAAUACGAGCUGCCCAGCAUGCGCUGCUUGUUGAGGAUCAAGGGCAAGUGCACCACCGACCACAUUUCUGCCGCCGGCCCUUGGCUCAAGUACAAGGGUCAUCUUUCCAACCUGGCCGAGAACACACUGAUCGGCGCUACGAACGACGAGUUUGAUGCGGUCAACGUCGCACAGGAUUACGAGACGGGCAAGCAAGACACGAUUCCCGGUGUCGCCAAGCUCUACAAGUCACGUCAGCAGCCUUGGAUGAUGGUCGCCGACCACAACUACGGUGAAGGCUCUGCACGUGAGCACGCCGCGCUGCAACCGCGUUUCUACGGAUGCAAUCUUAUCGUGGCUCGCAGCAUUGCACGUAUCGCCGAGACCAACCUGCGCAAACAGGGUGUGCUGACGCUGCUGUUCGAGAAUGAGGACGACUACCUCAAGAUCGGUUCGGGCGAUCUGGUCGAGACGGUCAACCUGACGGAUCUCAUCCGACCUGGAGGAGAUCUGUCGACGCAGGUCAAGUUGAAGGUGACCAAGUUCGAGCAGGAUGGCAAGACGGUGAAGGAGACGUUUGAGUUGGCUACCAAGCACUCGUUGAGUGCAGCCCACUUGGACUGGAUUCGAGCUGGUUCGGCGCUCAAUCUGAUUCGCGAGCAGGCUGCCUCUUCGUCUUCGUCAUUGUCGACUGGCAGUGCUCGAGUGUCGGGUGCGUUUACGGCUGCAGCCAAGUCGGCAGCUAGCAAGGUGUCCUCUGCACUUGGUGGAGUGCGAGGCUAUGCCACUGCUGCUAAGCCUGCGGGAGGAUCUCGCAAUCCCAACGAUCCCAACUAUGUGGCACCUGCUGCUGAUCCGCGUACCGACUCGAUUCGUAAGAUUGUCUACCCGCCCACACCGUCUUCCUCGAAAGACCGGGCUGGCUUGUCUGCCACCUCGGCCGCAUCCGUUCUCCCUUUCGGACAAGACUCGGAAGAGAUCCAUUCAACCAUCACGCGCGCUUGGUUGCUCUACCAACGCACCCAACGCGAAUCGCUCGCCGCCUCGCUCAAUGCUAAACACGCGCGUCUGCGCGAAGCUCUUGCAGACCUCAAACACACAGACGCUCGCCUAUACGCCGCAGCAACGUACAAAGUGUCGCCCAACAAGCGAAGUCCCAAAGAACACCGAAGGCUCGUUCAGCUCGGUCUGGUUACCUUGCCCGGUGCACAGCCCAGACCAGACGCACCAUCCGGUGCCGAGCCCAGGAGGUUGGUCAAAGCCGUACCCGGUGGUGCUAGGUUGGAGGGGCUCUUCCCAAGAGAGAUGAGGGUCCCCACUCAUACUCCUGGUAGGAAGCUGUGGCCUACUUUCGAAGUUCCGGCUCACGCUUGA